CUAUUGACGCAAAGUUUUCGGACUUUUAAAAUCACAUUUUAAAGGAUUUAUUGAUAAUAAAUCCGAAAUGGAUUAUAAGAAUCCGCUCGACGACGACAAACGGAAGCAAAUCGACGCUUUGGUGGCGCAGAGAUGGCCCGACUUCUGCAUCGAGCAAAUACAGGGCCAACGGCUCUUCAGAUCCAAAGAGUAUGAGUCACUGCCGAAGCCCGGAAAGGGAUGCGAGAUCUUCAUCGGACGCCUCCCGCGGAACUGCUAUGAAGACGAGUUGCUGCCAUUGUUUGAAAAGUUUGGGCCCAUCUUUCAGAUGCGACUAAUGAUGGACUUCAGUGGCACUAAUCGCGGCUACGCUUUCAUCCAAUUCAAUGAUCAUAAGAGUGCCAAAAAUGCGGCCAAAAUGAUGGACAGGUUUGAGCUGAGAGGCGACCACUCGAUUGGCGUAAUGCUCUCGUGGGAGAAGACGAGACUCUUUGUCGGCGGAAUCCCGAAGUAUAAGAAGGAAAAGGAUGUCCUCAAAGAGAUGAAGCGCGUGACCGAUGGCGUCAAAUCUAUUAUCCUCUAUAUGUCUGUCUAUAACAACAAGAAUCGCGGCUUUUGUUUCGUUGAAUACGAGUCCCAUUACGAGGCAAUGAUGGCUAAGAGCCGAAUGAUUCCCGGAUUCAAGUUAUGGCGCAAUCAUGAGGUUCGCGUCGAUUGGGCCGAUCCUGAGCCUGAGGUCGACGACGAGAUUAUGAAUCAAGUGAGAGUUCUUCACAUCCGAAACCUUGGCAUUAAUGUCGAGGAAACAGACCUGAAGAACAUCUUUAGCUUCGAUGACCUUCACGUCGAAAGAGUGAAAAAGAUUCGUGACUUCGCUUUCAUUCAUUACGAGACCCGAGAAGACACGGAAAUAGCUUACCGAACGGCCACAGAUCCGGAAUUCUUCAAGACUAUCAACGGUCAGAAUAUGAGGCGAAUUCAGGUGUCUUACGCUCGGCCUCAGAGACCCAAAUCUCAGCGCAAGAAAUCGGUGUCUGAAUGCGAAUCUCAACCAUCGGGUGCGGAAACUCCCAUUAAAUCAAAUCAACACUAUUUGCAGAGCAGUCCCUGUAAGUGGAUUCAGGAAACCCCAGUGGACCAGGAGCUCAAGCGAUACCAAAACAUGUACCAAAACUGUGUCGACUUUCAGAGCUCUCAACUGCCCCUCAAUCCAUAUAUUGCUCAUCAGUCGCAACAAUUGGUUCCCAAGUAUGACUCCGGAGUUAACGAUAAGAUUAAUAAUAAUUGCAUUUUUAUAUAUUGGGUUCCCUUCUUUUGUAACCCCUAUAACACGCUUAAUGUUAAUAAGCAAUUAAUGGAC